CGUAAAUUCUCCUCGCAGCAGCCAGCAGGUGAGAGUCAAGCAUUACGUCUUCGUGCAAAGAGAACGUGUAGCGGAGCGCAGUCAUGGGGAAGCUUCAAGAAUUUGACAUUACUUUCGCCAACAAUAAGGUGGUUUACAGUCCGGGAGAGUCCAUCGGCGGAACUGUGAAAAUACGGCUGAGCAACUCGCUGCAAUACAAAGCCAUCAAAGUGAACUGUCAGGGCUCAUGUGGAAUCUCCAGCAAACUUAACGACACGUCAUGGACUAUUGAGGAGCAGUACUUCAACAGCACGUUGUCUGUUGCUGACAAAGGUACUUUGGCAGCAGGCGAACACAAUUUCCCUUUCCAAUUUCUUAUCCCAGCCGCAGUACCAACUUCUUUUGAAGGACCGUUUGGAAAGAUUACAUACCGUGUAAAAGCUGCCAUUGACACACCUCGCUUUACCAAGGACUACAAAGCCCAGAGGCCCUUCUACCUUCUCAACCUGCUCAACCUUAAUGAGGUGCCCGACAUUGAUACGCAUCAAACUAGCAUGGCGCCAAGAACCACUCGCUCCAAAGUUGGACUACACUUCACCAGGAAAGAGAGUGAAAAUGAAAGGUUACGACGGCUCAUGAACUACGCUGUGACCACUAAGAAAUUUAACUACCUCCUGGUGAAAUCCGGGACCCUAAUGCUGAAAGCUCGCAGUGACCUCAGGGGCUACAUCCCAGGUCAGGUCAUCAAGCUAGCCACUGAGAUCCACAACAAGUCUGGAAAAGACACAGGAUGUGUACUGGCAAGUCUCAUACAGAAAGUGACUUAUAAGACCAAGCGACAAAUGUUUGACCUCCGAACCAUUGCAGAAGUAGAGGGAGCCGGAGUGAAGGCAGGAAAACACGCUGAGUGGAGAGAACAGAUCAUUGUACCACCUCUUCCUCAGUCAGCUCUAACAGGUUGCAGCCUCAUAGAUAUUGACUAUUUCAUUCAGGUAGCACUAAAAUCUCCAGAAGCAGUUGUCACUCUGCCCAUCUACAUCGGGAACAUUGCCAUCAACCUAUCUCCAGCAGGGACUGUACCUUCCACUCCAGAUCACUGCGAUAUGGCAAUUGCACCCAAUGUAGCUGGGGUAACACCUAGCGCUCCUCCAGUUGAGGACGAUGAACAGCUGUAUGCAGUUGGCGCAGCCAGCGAGGAGAUCCCCACGAAGAGUCAUUCACAGCAAGAUUCCUCUGGUCAGCCUGUAACUAUGUCCCCGAGCGCUUUUAGCCACGCUCCCAGUGCAGUGCUGCCUCCUGGCCGCAGACAGCACAACAUUUCCGCCCCCUUGUUCUGUGUGUCAACCGGGGCCACCAUACCUUUCUUUACUGAGGGAGACCCCACGCCUGUGCCAACUUCUUGUUCUCUUAUCUUGCCUCCAGAGUACAGUAGCUGGGACUAUCCUCAUGAGCCUCCACCCACUUAUGAAGAAAGCUGCAGCAACACAAACUUCAGUUUAGACAGUGGACAAUAAAAGAAGUGAUGAAGCAACUUUUCUAAAGACUAAAGAAAGUAACGCAAUAUGGCAUCCCUCUUUGUUAAUAUCUGUGUCACAGAGCCCCCACCCAGUUAUGAAGAAAGCUGCGGUCGCAACUAACCUCAGCUUAAAAAGUGCACAAUAGAACAAGUGGAUGAUGAAGCACCGAACACAGCACCGGCUCAUGGAAAUACCCUUGUUGAAAUCAACACCAAUUUCAAACCACCAAAGAAUAAUGUGUCCUGGACAAGUAAAAAGGGAUCAUGAUGUUGCGAAAAUAUGAAAUGCCCUUUGAUCACUCAUUGGAUCAGACGAUUGUGGAGUUUCUUUACGAUUGUGGAGUUUCUUUACGCAGUUUCAAUGAAAAGUUAAGAAACGUGAUUUGACUCUUCUGCUUCGAGAAAAAGCAAUGUGAAACCAGAUGAAUUUUAUCUUAAUGUGCUUUAACAGCCACAUAGUCGCCAAUAAAGUGACCUGGACAGACCGCUACCUGAGACACUAUGAUUCUGUCCGGGGUCUUCCAUGCUCACAUGGGAAAACUGGAAUCUUAAUAGGAGACCUACCUUUGGCAGGAAUAUGUCCUAUCAUAGGUCUUUCUUUAUCUUACAGCCACAGAGGAUUUUUUCUUGGAUCCUGAGGGAGUACUAUGAAUGUAUAAUGUUCAUAUUUUUACCUGUGGAUAUAAUCACAGUCAGCAGUGCACAACCUUAGCGUUACUGUACAUUUAGUUUGACCUAAGUUUGUGAUGAAGACUGCCUGAGCCGCAAUUCUUUAGAGGCAGGUAUUGGUUGCAGAGGUGGGUAAUAAAGAGUUACAUUUACUCCGUUACAUUUACUUGAGUAUCUUUAUGAGAAAAAUGUACUUCUAAGAGUAGUUUUACCACACCAUACUUUUUACUUGAGUACCUUUGUGAAGAAGAAAGCUACUCUUUCUCCGCUACUUUGGGGUACACUAGUCGUUACAUUUUUCAUUCUACAUAUUAUUUUUUAUUUAUUUAUUUUUGCCAGCGAUGCCAACAGUUGCUCUCCCAGUUUUACCAAUGAGAUGUCGCAACAAUAAUCACACGACUCCAUUAUACCAAUCAGACUCAAGUUUGCCAUUCUAUGAUCACUCCAACCUGUUCAAUAACAUAAUGUCUUUAAAGCAAUGUUAAAUAAAAGUAUGACUAUUGCGCUGCCGUCAACAUGACUCGAAAGUGCGGAUUUUACCUUCUCUCCCACUUUAUAUUUGGCGACAAUUGACCGAGGAAAACUGGAGAUAUGAUCCUAUUAUUUUCAUAAUAGGAACAGUGAUGGAACUAUUUAACUAUUCAAACUAGGAACUAUUUUCUCCACUCAUGCUCUUUGGACGAAUGAUUCUUCCUGUCUGUAGAUUUUUUUCCUCUGGCCUGAAUAUUUUAUUUGUAUUUCUUUUGUUUAAUGUGGCUAUGUAAUAGGUCAUAGUACAGUAUUAUACUAACAAAAAGAGGGGAAAAAUACCAUUGUUUUAAAACACCAAAUACUGUAAGCAAUUACUCACAAUGUUACCAUGAUUUGAGUGUUCUUUUCACCAAAUACUUUUUUACUUGUACUUGAGUACAUUUUUUGGAUGACUACUUUUACUUACAUGAGUAAUAUUAUUUUGAAGUAAUGCUACUCGAGUAUAAUUUUUGGCAACUCUAUCCAUAUCUGCGCGGUUGACACUAAAGACAGCCUUCAUCACUGCUUGUCAAGGGUGUAGGUUUGCAGGGUGACGGUAGGGACAUAACACUACGAACACUGCUCAAAUUGUCCCCAUCAGCUUUUAAGCAACCUUAUUCGCAUUAAAAAAUGAUAACAGUCACAUAGGUAAUUUAGAUUGUCUUCCCAUAUAUUGUAAGGAUAGAAUUGGCCCUACCGUUAAUAAAUUAUUUUAAUUUUGUUCGGACCUACAUUUACCCCUUUUCACUUGCUGAAUAUGCCAGUCCAUUUUUCCCCUCAAACGCACGUUUGAUUGGCUGAUGACUUGCAUUUUUAAAAAAUGUUUAUUUUCCACAUUAUCUAUUAAAAACUUUUUUUUAUUUGCAGCCUAUGCAGACAUUUUUUCAGACAAUUAUACAUUAAAUAUAGUAGAGGUAAAAAAAAUUUUUUUUUUGUUGAGUUCAGCUGUGCUUGUGGACAAAAACAGUAGGAAGGUUCCAUUUUUAUUUUUGUUAAUUCCUGAUUAAGACUUUUUUUCAGUUAUAUUUAUUUAUUUAGACUAGGCAUGUCCAAAGUCCGGCCUGGGGGCCAAAUGCGGCCCGUGGUCAAAUUUAAUCCGGCCCCCAGCCUCUGUCAUAAAAUCAAUAAUGUCUGGCCCGCACACAGACUUAAUAAAUUGGUCAGCAGUACUGCUACCAGAAUAUGAAGUAACUUACACACUAAAUGCUGCUCAUCAUUUACCCACUAAAAGGCAGCAGCACUCUAAGCCAGGGGUUUUCAACCCAGUCCUCAAGGCACACUGUGGGUCCUGGUUUUUGUUCCAGCCGAUCCAGCAGAGACAGUUGAACCAAUGAGGCUUCUGCUAAAACAAGCCACACCUGACUGCAAUCAACUGAUUGCACUUGUAAAACACCAGAUUGGGGAAAAAGUGUUGUCAUCUUGUUUGGUAAGAAUGAAAUCCUGCACCCACAGUGUGCCUUAGUGGAAUAGGUUGGGAACCCCUGCUCUAAGCAACAUUACCCCGUGUGAUCCUUUCCUUUCAAUUUUCUAAAAUGACGAUGAUCAACAAAAAAAAAAAGAAAAUUGACUGCGACUGCCAACGUUCAAGGAUAGGUGGAAAUUGGACUAUUUCUUCAAUAAAAUACGCAACAACUGUGUCUGCCUCAUUUGCAAAGAGACAGUCGGUGUUUCUAAAUAGUUCAAUGUGAGGCGAUAUUACCAAACAAGACACGCUGACAUGUACGACAAGAUUACAGGAAAGAUACGCAGCGAGAAAUGUAAGCAACUUGAAGCUGGUAUAAUAUCACAGCAGCAGUAUUUCACAAGAGCCCGAGAGUCGAAAGAGAACGCCACAAAAAGGACGUCAGCCAAGGUCGGCCUCCCACAUUUUUAUCACACCAAAUCUGGCCCCCUUUGCAAAAAGUUUGGACACCCCAGAUUUAGACAGACAAUGUUGAGUACUCUUAAGGCAAAUGUUUAUUUUUUGCUUUCCUAGCUAGUUAAGAGAUUAUUAACAAGUUUUAUUUAUUGUGUAUGUUACAGUAUAUAAGUUAGUUCAAAUAUUGCAAUUUAAAUUUAAUAAAAUCCAGACAUUCUGAAGUUUUCAACAUUUUUCUUUUGUAGUUUUAGAAAACAAAGGUAUAAAUCGAACGAUGUAUCGCCUGAACCAAUACACAUGAGAGUAUCAGUCAAUGCAGAUUAAUUUUGUUUUGAUCGUUUAGCCUAUCAAUUGAUUCAGUUCAUAUUCGUGAGAAAUGUAGCCCUGACCCCUAUUCACCCAAUCUGUUUGGUCUUAUUAAUGUUCCAUCCUCACCAAAAAGUGUACAUGCAGGUUAUGCGGUUAUAUCGUCCCUACCAAUGUUGAGAACAAACCUACGCCCUUGCUGCUAGAUGAGUCGGUAAAUGAGCUCAAGGGCAGGAAGACCAGGUGUUAGUGUAAUUGAACUAGAAGGUGCAAAACUGAAUUCUGCUUCUAUUUUUGGUAAAUGCUGUGUGAGGCCGGUGAGUAGCCAUCCCUGUAGUAACAGAGAGAGUUGUGUCUGUAUUCACCAAUGUUGUCUUUGUUCAUGCUUCGAAAUUGAAAUAUUCCUACGUAAAAUGAGUUUCCUGCACAGGAUGGUAAAAUGCAGAGCUAAACAUGAGGUUGGUGGUUGAAACCCACAUAUAAUUGUCAAAAGUGAAAGGCCCACCUCUCAAUUCUAAAACAUCCAGACAUUAAUGUCAAACUCAGUAUAGUAUGAAAUACCUUAUAUUGAAUUUCAUUGAACCCACUUCAACCUGCCUUUAUAUCAUCUGUGUUUUCUUUUUGUGCUUGUUAUUUUUCACUUCUUUCAUUGAAAUUUUGCAUUUGUUUAAUCCUGUCAUGAUAUAUAUGACAUAGCAAUGUACUUUUGGGCAUGAGCCAAUGACUUUUAGUUAAUUUGAAUUUUAUGUGUACCAUUGGAAGAGCACUGAAGACCCACUGAUCUGAAUGUAAUGCUGCUGUAAUUUUCUUGCCGGCAAUUAAUUUCUUUGCCAAUUUAGACACAUAGCUACGUAUCUCAGCAGCAAAGAAUGUUGCUGUGUGGAUAUCAGCUACGCAUUUGAUGGAGUUAGUCUCUCUCUAUCUCUGGGAUUAUAGGUCAGAAUGUGCCCCUCAAUUAAAAAAAAAUAAUUAAUUAAAAAAAUACUUAUAUACCCACUGGAAUAACUGUAAGGACACAAUUUAUGUGCAAUUCCUAAGUUGCCAAAAGAAGUAGCCAUUUGAUCAGCUGAAAGGAUUUUUCUAAUCAUUUAUUUUGUUGGUCCAGUGAUAUGCUUUAUGAAUCACCUUUCUUGCACAGUUUUUAUACUCAGCAUCGUUCCUCACUUAUUGCCAAGGGGUAUCUGUUUUUGUUUUGUUUUGACUUAUAAUUGGUUCAAAGGUGCAGUAUGCACAUGCCAGUGGUACCAACGUAUGUAAUGUAUCAAAUGUGUGCAAUAGAAUAAUAAAGUUAUCUGAACUUUUGGUCAUCAGUGAAAAUGACAACUUAU